AUUAUUUAUUCAUUUAUACGUAUUUAUUAUGGAAAUAGGUCUUUAUUAUGUAAGAUUUCUUAUACUAUACUGAUGUAAAGUCCUUGAAUAUUUAAAGAGAUACAAGUGAAAGGUAUUUCAAUAUAACUUGAAACACAUUGACUGUAGAUGUUCAGUAUAGGCUUCAAAACUUUCUGUUAACGUUUUACGGCUUCAUUAAGAAUUUAUGGUAACAUAUAUUCCAUUAUUUCAAUUAAUAUUAUUUUUCCAUUAAUACAUUCUGGUAUGAAAGAUUCUAAGCAUUAAUUGUAUGUAUGUAUGUGUAUGUAUGUUUAUGUAUAUGUGUGUGUACAAGACAAAUUUGUUAACAGUCAAGCAGAAUAUGAUCUAUUCUUUGUAAGGUAUGUUUGCUUAUGGAAGGAAGAUAAGGGAGCUGAGAUAUUGAAAGUGAAAAUAAGAUGAAAAUGAAACGUGAGUGAGUUAAGCAAGAAAAUAACAAAUAUUACAAAGAACGAUAAGAAUGAUCAAAUAUAUAUGUAUGAAUGUGGAGUGGGGAUGAGAAAGGCUACAGAGUGUAUGUGAGGAAAAGGAGGAAUAGUCUUUAAUAGACUAUUCUAAGCGAGGAAUAACAAAUAAAAGGUCCUAAAUGGAUCAAAUUUUGAAUAGUUCAAAGAAAAAGUAAAGAGUUGUAAUAUCUUAAUUAUAAUAUCUUUGUCAAUAAAAUCCUUAACAAUCAAAAAAGUAAAUAGUCCCGGGUUAAUUAAUCUGUAUUCUUCAGCAAUGAAACUGUAUUCUGUAUCCGAUGGUCCACCAUCUCUCGCAUGUCGUCAGGCGCUGAAGGUUUUAAAAAUUAAUUAUGAAUUGAUUGAUGUAGAUUUUGGUAAAGGGGAUCAUAUGACUGAAGAAUAUGAGAAGCUUAAUCCUCAAAAAGAAAUACCUGUUUUGGUUGACGAUGAUCUUAUAAUGGGAGAAAGCAAUGCCAUUUUACAAUACCUUGGCGAUAAGUAUGACGUAUCCGGAACAUUAUAUCCAAAGGAUCCAAGAGAACGUGCUAUUGUUAAUCAUCGUCUUUGUUUCAAUCUUGCUUAUUAUUAUCGUAAUAUUUCGGAAUACGUGAUGGCACCUAUAUUUUUUGACUAUAAAAGAACUCCACUGGGCUUGAAGAAAGUGAAAAUGGCUUUGGAUAUUUUCAAUACAUAUUUACAACGUGAAAAUACAAUAUAUGCUGCUGGUAAUCACUUAACUAUUGCGGAUUUUCCAUUGAUCACGAGUACAAUGUGUCUGGAGGCAAUUUCUUUCAAGUUGGACCAAUGGCCUUGCGUGGAGAAAUGGUAUAGUCAUUUUAAACAAUUUUAUCCAGAAUUGUGGAAAAUUGCAGAGGGUGGUAUGAAGGAAAUAAGUUAUUACGAAAAAAAUCCACCUGAUUUAUCUGAUAUGAAUCAUCCCAUUCACCCGAUUCGAAAAAUUAAAUAAGCGUACUAAAUGUUAAAUAAGCGUACUAAAAUCUUUAAGGUAUGAUUAAAUAUCUCUCAAGUUUUUUGUUUUGCAUUUUAAGAAUUUUUGAUUUUUUUCUAUAUACACAUGCACACAAAAUGCACAAAUUAAUAAAUUGUUCUCUCAUUUCUUAUUAAUAAAUUAA